UUUAAAAGUUAAUGACAGAGACUCUGACAAAGGAGCAGGGAGCAGUCGCAGCUGCUUUCCGAGGAGCCAGUGUUGCUGAGAUUGCCAAAAUGCUUUGGAGUUUUUAACUGAAUCUAAGAAAGUCCAAAAUAGACUUGAGACUGUAAAGACAGAAGCUGCAGCAAGGGGGAUACAGUGCCAAUGCAUCAACAAAAAAGACAACCAGAGUUAGUGGAAGGGAAUCUUCCUGUCUUUGUGUUUCCCACGGAGCUAAUAUUUUAUGCAGAUGAUCAGUCAACACAUAAGCAAGUGUUGACUCUGUACAAUCCCUAUGAGUUUGCCUUAAAGUUCAAAGUUUUGUGUACGACUCCAAAUAAGUAUGUUGUCAUUGAUGCUGCUGGUGCAGUGAAGCCACAGUGCUGUGUGGAUAUUGUCAUUCGUCAUAGAGAUGUUCGAUCGUGUCACUAUGGUGUGAUAGACAAAUUCCGUCUCCAGGUUUCGGAACAAAGCCAGAGGAAAGCCUUAGGAAGGAAAGAGGUUAUUGCUACUCUUCUCCCAUCUGCGAAAGAACAACAAAAGGAAGAAGAGGAGAAGAGAAUAAAGGAGCACUUAACCGAGAGUGUAUUUUUUGAGCAGUCCUGUCAACCAGGACAAGGUUUGACUCUGUUACCAAGAGUAACUUGUUUGACAAGAAGACCCAAGUCACUCCUGAUUUCCUGCCCCUUCUGUUUCCCAAGUCUAAUUAAUGCUGUGGGCUGCCAUGCCCAGCUUGGAAUUUCAAGGCUAACUAUGAGUCUCGGUAUGAAACCCAGACUGCCUGCAACUCACUAUGUAGUGCCCAGCCUGGCCUUGAAUUUUAAGCCAUCUUCCUGCCUCUGCCUCCCAAUUGGUUGGAUUAUAGAAAACAGAGCAGUCUCUUCAGGACCUAGUUUGCUAACUGUCUUCCUGGGAGUGGUCUUAUCACAAUGGCUAUACUUAGAACAUGAACAAGGAUUAAAACUGACUUCUGAAGUAAAUUUAUCUUAAAAUAUGAAUGUGGACUGCCUUUUAUCUCUUCCACUCCAUUAACACACUACAAAUUAUGGAAUGAUUAUAAAUAACUGCAAAUGUAUAAUAUAUAUUUUCAAUUAGUCUAUAAUUUUAUUUGAAGGACUGUAGCACUUUAUGUUACAGACAACAAAGAUACUUCUGAGCGAUUGAUAUCUAGGAAAUUAUUUGAAGACAUUCUUUUAAACUCUAUACCUAUUAUGCAAAUAACUUUAGUUCAAUGUUAUUGUUCUUCUUUUGAUUUCGAAGUCACUUUGAUAAGGGUCAUGGGUCCUUCAAAGUUUAAGGCCUAUAUGAGCAACUGAGCUGAUUGAACAUAAAGUGACAUUGCCUAGACACAAGCACCGACAUUACUAUGUAAAUCAUAGACUUCCUCCUAGCAUUACAAGGAGUUGCUGCCAGGUUUCUUAAGCGAAUAUAUUAUAGUCAGUGUGUGAGGGGGUUGGAAACAUAAGGUACUUACUGAGGGAUCAUGCUUACCCUGGACUCGUGACAGAAGACAAGAUGUUUUAAAAUUAUCUCGUGAACUUCAGGACAGGCUGUCGUUCAGAGAACAGGCCCCUCACAGAAGUAGAUUGCUUUCCCUAUUUGGCCUGAGAGUUCUAAAGAAAGGUAGGCAUUUUUAAAAUUAAUUGGUUCAUCCUGGUUUUACUUCUGGUUAAUCCUUAAUGUAUUAAGGGGAAAAUCACUUUUUGGUUUUCUCCCAAG